AUGGCUUUACUAACUUUCUUGCCGGAAAACGCAGAGCCACCGAAACACACUCCACCGCCAAGCAAACGCAAGAAACGUGACAAACCCAACGACCAAACGCAGACGCAGAAGUCGCACAAACCACACAAAUCUCAGAAACCGAAGAAAGCAGCACCUCAGAAGCAACCGUCUUCGUGGGACCAAAUCAAGAACCUAUUGACUUGCAAGCAAAUCGAAGGGUCAAGAGUCCACGAUCCUUCCAAGAACUCUCAAUCUGGUCCGUCCACGACGACGACAACGACUCACUUAUCUCCUUCCAAGCUCGGCUCUUCGUGUAGCUCCAUCUGCAGCUUCCGAGACGUGGCUCACGGCAACACUCGUGUUGUUCACAGAGCCGACCACUCUCCACACGUAGCUAACUCGGCUACUGCUGACUCGGAAACUCGUCUUUUGACUCGGAAACCUGGUCAACAUGGUUCUUCUUCAUCGUCUCGGUCUCUUACUUCUGGCGCCUCAACGAGAUCUACCGCCAGCGGAGCUACACGUCAUCUUCCACGACGUCGUUUAGAGCCAUGCAGUUCCAUAACCUCUCCGGAUGCUACGAGUGUCACAUGA